UCGAUGUCGUGACGACAACAGCAUGCGCGGUCCAUGUGACCUUGUGUUGACUGGACUGCAGCACUGUCUCUCUGUAUCAUAAUGUUUGACAUUACUUUAUUCAUGUCUAUUUUAUAACUGUAAACCGGCCGCAAUGAGCAAAUACAUCCUACCGUUGUCUGCUUUCGGAACGGCUGUAGGGUUUGCUGUUCUCUUGAAGGACUAUGUGACCCGGGGCCCGUGCCCCAGCAAGGCAACCAUCCCGGGGAAGACGGUGGUGAUCACAGGCGCCAACACGGGCAUCGGGAAGGCCACCGCCCAGGAGCUCGCCAAGAGAGGGGGUCGGAUCAUUCUGGGAUGUCGGGACCUGGUGAAGUGUGAGGCGGCGGCGCGGGAGAUCCGGGGGAGGACCCUGAACCCCCACGUCUACGCCCGGGAGCUGGACCUGGCCUCCGUCCGCUCCAUACGCCGCUUCGCCCAGGCCAUCAACCAAGAGGAGCGGCGGGUCGACAUCCUGAUCAACAACGCGGGGGUGAUGCGCUGUCCGGCAGGGAAGACGGAGGACGGCUUCGACAUGCAGUUCGGGGUUAACCAUCUCGGCCACUUCCUGUUGACCCACCUCCUGCUGGAGAAGCUGCAGGACUGCGCCCCCAGCCGGGUGAUCAACGUGUCAUCGCUGGCCCACGUCGUGGGGCAGAUGGACUUCGAGGACCUCAACUGGGACAGGAAGAGGUUUGAUACCAAGCGGGCGUACUGCCAGAGCAAGCUGGCCAAUGUCCUGUUCACCAGGGAGCUCGCCGCGCGGCUCCAGGGUACUGGGGUGACGGUGAACUGUGUGCACCCUGGGGUGGCGUCCACUGACUUGGGGAGACACACGGGCCUCCACCAAUCACCCUUCUCCACCACGGUGCUCAGUCCGUUCUUCUCGCUGCUGGUGAAGGGCCCGGCGCUGGGGGCCCAGCCCAGCGUGUACCUGUCCGUGGCCCCCGAGCUGGAGGCCGUGACGGGCCGCUACUACGACGUGCUGACGGAGACGGAGCCCGCCCCGCAGGCGCUAGACCCGGACGCCGCCCGCCGCCUCUGGGACGCCAGCAGCAGCCUGCUGGGUCUGGAGGCCGGCCCCCCGGGACAGACCGCCCCGGGACCCGCCCCCGGGCCUACAGCGACCGGGGGGGGCGGGGGUCGUAGUGGACUGACUGGGGCGCGGGGCUCUCUGGCUGCCACGGGACCCGGCGAUGGAUCGCUAUGGAAACGACCUUAGAGACUUAAACUAUGAACUCUGAAAAGGGUUUUAUUAGAGGGACUCCCCGUGAGAUGCAGGUCAUUAAGGAGCACUGGGGGCGGGGGUCAGGGGUCAUGUGCAGACGCCGGGAUCGGAUCCGUUACCCUUGUGUGGACGGGUUGGACAGGGGAUGGGAACAUCCACCAUCUCUCCUCAGAACCUGGUGCUGUAGUGACAUCUGGUGGCUCAAAGCUGUACUACAUCAUCUCUCCUCAGAACCUGGUGCUGUAGUGACAUCUGGUGGCUCAAAGCUGUACUACAUCAUCUCUCCUCAGAACCUGGUGCUGUAGUGACAUCUGGUGGCUCAAAGCUGUACUACAUCAUCUCUCCAAAGAACCUGGUGCUGUAGUGACAUCUGGUGGCUCAAAGCUGUACUACAUCAUCUCUCCAAAGAACCUGGGCUGGGUUGCGCCAACUGGUCUUAAAUACGCCUGGUCUCGUAACUUGGCGUUCUAAGUCCGACCUAACCGUUACGCCGGUUGCACCGGUCAGGGGCAGGCGUAGAGUCGAAAUUCCAGGCUGUUUCUAUAGCCUAGCAGUUACAUCCGAUCCAUCCAGCGCAAUCAUGGCACGUGUAAUACAUGUACAACGAGCGGGCAUUUAGACGGGAAAGAGUAAUUAGGGACAGAAGCAAUCCAUUGGACAUUUCAUUGCGCUUCGCUUCUAUGCAAACGGGGCAUCUCAAAACACAGCCGGCGAUAUGAUCAGUGUUCACAGAUCGACCCUCUGUCGGGUUAUCCGGAGGGUUUCACUGCCUUCAUGGGGAGAUGCGGAUGCACCCAGAUCGGGUCUGCACACCAAUAGCUGCGUGCACUGUUCUGCACAACAUCUGCAUCUCCAAGAGAAUCCCUCUCCCCAGACCCCAUCAGCCACCGGCGGUCCCCAAGGAAGACGUGCGUCCAGCCAGAGCAAUUUAAGAUAUCGCAGGCCGAUUAGUCCGUGCUGAACUUAUUAAUCAGUUGUGAAUAUUGUUUUAGUUAUGUAUAUAUGUUUUAUAUAGGCCGACACAUUAAACAGAUCUCUCCUACAGUCUCAAAACACCUCAAUUAGCUCCUUGAUGUUCAAUGCAUUGCUUCUGUCAAAAACAACCAUUCCCGGCAAAAUGCCUGCUUGUAAACCAGACAACACAAAUACCUAUUUUAAUUACAUUUGUUUGUAGUGUUUUAUUGUUAUGCAUUGACACAAUUGAUGAAUGACAUUGAAUGAAAGAAUGAAAUAUUUAUUCCGGUGUCCAACAGUAUGUCAAGCAAAAUUGUAAAUAGCUGUCGGCGCGAGGUAUCCUAGCAACGCGGUGAUAUGCGUAUUUCAUGGAACAUUCACAUGGCCGCGCAUGGCUCGACCCGGCGCAGUUAGGACCAGGCCCCUGGUGCCGUAGAGACAUCUGGUGGCUCAAAGCUGUACUACAUCAUCUCUCCGAAGAACCUGGGGCAGUAGUGACACCUGGUGGCUGAAAGCUUUACUUCAUGGAAAUGGAGAAGCCUAACUUAAAAAAGAAACAGCUAAAUGUCUUGAAAAAAACGUGACUAGAUAACCAUAAUAUAUGAAUGUACAAAUAUGCAAUCUGCCAUAUUGUUCGUGUUUCCCUUCGGGAAGACUUCCAUCUCUUUUUUGAAAAUGAUGAAAAAAGUUGUCAUCGUUUAUUAAAACAAUCAUGGGCACAUU